ACACACACAACCAUAUAACCUAGCCGGUACAUCAAAUGGAAUCAUUAGAGGCUGUUGACUUCAUAGGAUCGGAGCUAAAGAUCACGCUCAACGAUGGACGCAUUCUCCAAGGCGUAUUAUUGGCUCUUGAUAGCAAGCCAAAUCUACUCAUAAAUAACUGUUCCGAGACGUCAAUACAACGUGGACACACUAACUGUAGGGACCUGGGCCUCGUGAGCGUUCCAAACGAUACAAUCCAGUCGGUGGAGAUGAAAGGAGAAGAGCUGGAUAAGGCUGUGAAGUGGAAGCCGGCGCAAUGAAGACACCCUCCUGUACAUAUCUCGUAAUUGAUACUUCUUUCUGUGAGUGAGCCUGCUGGUAA